CGAAAGCAAAGAACACAUCUCACAGUAGAAAAAAGAGCCAACAAUUAAUGUAUCGAUAACAUCAUCGCUGUGAUUUCAUUAGAAUUUUCCCCAAAAGAAGAUGGCGAGCUAAUAAGGCGCCUGCUGCUACUCCUGCUGCUGCGCUCAUCAAGUCCAGAUCCGGUAAAGUCCAGUCCGUGCUUUCGUCCCGACCCUGCUCUCAGUGGGUGCCCGCACACUGCAUCCUGCUCCCGGCCGAGGCACUGACUGGCUCUGCUUACUGGAAGUCUGCCGCUCAUCGCUUCCUCCACUAACGGGUGAGCGGGCUCCCUUUCGGCUUCAUAACUUCCACGCGUUCGACCCACGGACAGAGCACACGCCUGGGAUAGAAGCGCCAUCCAGCCGUCACUUUUUGCUUUUUGUUUCGCCGGGGGUGCCGCUCCACAGACUAGAUGGUGUCGGCUGGGUUCCGCAGAGGUGUUAAUGAGACUGGACUGUGAGCGACUGUUGGCUAUGGAAGUGUGCCCCAGGAAGAGAGGCACGGCCGGGCUGAGAGGAGGACCCGUCGCCGUCGCCGCCUGAGAAGCUGCCCAUGAAAGACCCUCACAGGACCGCUCCAUCACACACCACCUGACUUAUUUUCUUUUUCAUUCUUUCCCACCAAUUCCCAUCCAUUCUGACUUGCAAGGUGAGAGAAUCAAUGAUGACCGUCUCCGACCACGUUUGGAUUGGACUUUUUUAAUCCCAACCCUUUUGUUGCUGCACAAAACCUGCAAGAAACCACCAACUGUCGGCGCCAUGUGGAAACGACACACCUUCUGCUGGUUUAUCAUCACCCUGGCCCAAGUCCACUUCGCUGAGGGCUUCAGUCGGGCCGCCCUGCCAUUUGGCCUAGUACGGAGAGAGCUGUCUUGUGAGGGUUACCCCAUUGAUCUGCGCUGCCCAGGAAGUGAUGUCAUAACCAUCGAAAGCGCCAACUACGGGCGGACAGAUGACAAGAUCUGCGAUGCUGACCCAUUCCAGAUGGAAAACAUCAACUGUUACCUUCCGGAAGCCUACAAGAUCAUGGCACAAAGAUGCAACAAUCGGACCCAGUGCAUCGUGAUCACGGGCUCAGAUGUCUUUCCGGACCCCUGCCCAGGGACCUACAAGUACCUGGAGGUCCAGUAUGAGUGUGUCCCAUACAGUCCAUGCCCAACCAGAAUAGGACCAAGAACACAGAAUGUUUCCUAUCGCAACUGUCCUGAAGUGGAGCAAAAAGUUUUUAUUUGUCCCGGGACUCUGAAAGCCGUCAGCGAGCCCUCCUUUCAGUUCGAAGCGGAGCAACAAGCUGGCGCCUGGUGCAAAGAUCCACUGCAAGCUGCAGACAAGAUCUACUUCAUGCCUUGGACUCCGUAUAGGACAGACACUCUUAUCGAAUAUUCCUCCCUGGACGACUUCCAAAAUGCCCGGCAAACGGUAACCUACAAGCUGCCCCACCGGGUGGACGGAACCGGAUUCGUGGUCUAUGACGGGGCGGUGUUUUUCAACAAAGAACGCACCCGCAAUAUUGUCAAGUUUGACCUGCGAACUCGAAUCAAAAGCGGGGAGGCCAUCAUCAACAACGCCAAUUACCACGACACGUCGCCGUACAAGUGGGGUGGCAAAACAGACAUCGACCUGGCGGUAGAUGAGAACGGCCUGUGGGUGAUCUACGCCACUGAGCAGAACAACGGCAUGAUCGUCAUCAGCCAGUUGAACCCCUACACGCUACGUUUUGAGGCGACGUGGGAGACGACCUACGAUAAACGCUCGGCCUCCAAUGCCUUCAUGGCCUGUGGAGUACUCUAUGUGGUUCGCUCCACCUACGAAGACAAUGAGAGCGAGGUCAGCAAGAGCAUGAUCGAUUACAUUUACAACACCAAACAGAACCGUGGGGAAUACGUCGAUAUCCACUUUCCCAAUCAAUACCAGUACAUUGCAUCUGUGGAUUAUAAUCCGCGAGAUAACCAGCUCUAUGUGUGGAAUAAUUUUUACAUCCUGAGAUAUAAUUUGGAGUUCGGACCACCGGAUCCAGCUCAUGCUCCGCCUCUGUCUCAGGCCACCGUGUCCCCCCAGCCCCUGAGAACGACAACCACCACCACCACCACCACAACAACGACGGCACACCGAGGCGUGGCCAACACUACCACCACAACAGGGCCCAAGGAGGGCGGCAAGGGAGUGGCCAGGCCCCCUCCUGUGAUGGCGCAGACUACUUCCCCGCCGCCCCUGGAGUCGUUCCCUUUGCCCGAGCGUUUCUGCGAGGCCACCGAGAGACGGGACAUCAUGUGGCCUCAGACCCAGCGGGGCAUGCUGGUGGAGCGACCGUGCCCCAAGGGAACGCGAGGCACAGCGUCUUAUUUAUGUGUCCUUUCCACCGGGGCCUGGCACCCUAAGGGCCCCGAUCUCAGCAACUGUACCUCCCACUGGGUCAACCAGGUAGCCCAGAAGAUUCGCAGUGGUGAGAAUGCAGCUAACCUGGCUAACGAGUUAGCCAAGCACACCAAAGGCCCCAUCUACGCCGGGGACGUCAGCUCCUCGGUGCGCCUCAUGGAGCAGCUGGUGGACAUCCUGGACGCUCAGCUGCAGGAGCUCCGGCCCAGCGAGAAGGACUCCGCGGGGCGCAGCUUCAACAAGCUUCAAAAGCGAGAAAGGACAUGCAGGGCGUACACAAAGGCGAUUGUGGAUACGGUAGAUAACCUGCUCAGGCCGGAGGCUUUAAAGUCCUGGCAGGACAUGAACAGCACGGAGCAGACGCACGCCGCCACCAUGCUACUGGACACCUUGGAGGAAGGCGCCUUCGUCCUGGCGGAUAACCUGAUGGAGCCCGCCAUCGUCAAAGUUCCUGCAGACAACAUCAUCUUGGACGUCUAUGUGCUCAGCACCGACGGUCAGGUGCAGGAUUUUAAAUUCCCACAAUCCAACAGGGGCGGCAUUUCCAUCCAGCUUUCAGCCAAUACGGUCAAACUCAACAGUCGCAACGGCGUGGCCAAGUUGGUGUUUGUGCUGUACAAGAACUUGGGCCAGUUCCUCAGUACGGAGAACGCCACCUUCCAGAUGGACGGCGACGCUUACGUACGCAACUUGUCGGUCAACUCCGACAUCAUCGCCGCCUCCAUCAACAAAGAAUCCAGCCGUGUGUUCAUCAACGACCCGGUGCUUUUCACCCUGGAGCACAUAGACAUGGAGCACUACUUCAACUCCAAUUGCUCCUUCUGGAAUUAUUCGGAGAGGAGUAUGAUGGGACAUUGGUCCACCCAAGGCUGCAAGCUCCUGGAGUCCAAUAAGACGCACACCACCUGCUCCUGCAGCCACCUCACCAACUUCGCCAUCCUCAUGGCCCACCGCAAAAUCUCGGUGAACAGGCCACACGAGCUGCUGCUGACAGUCAUCACCCGCGUGGGCAUCGCCGUGUCGCUGGUCUGCCUCAGCAUCAGCAUCUUCACCUUCUGCUUCUUCCGAGGCCUGCAGAGCGAUCGCAACACCAUCCACAAGAACCUCUGCAUCAAUCUCUUCCUGGCCGAGUUAAUAUUCCUAAUUGGUAUCGAUAUGACGGAGCCCAGGAUCGGCUGUGCCAUCAUUGCGGGGAUCCUUCAUUUCUUCUUCCUGGCUUCCUUCUCCUGGAUGUGCCUGGAGGGUGUCCAGCUCUACCUCAUGCUCGUGGAGGUCUUUGAAAGCGAGUACUCGCGGAAGAAGUACUACUACGUGUCCGGGUACCUCUUCCCCGCCAUUGUGGUCGGCGUCUCUGCAGCGAUCGACUACGGCAGCUACGGGACCGACAAAGCGUGCUGGCUAAGUGUGGAUAAUCAUUUCAUCUGGAGUUUUAUAGGACCUGUCACCUUUAUCAUCAUGCUCAACCUGAUCUUCUUGGUCAUCACGAUGUACAAAAUGGUGAAGCACUCCACCACCCUGAAACCAGACUCCAGCCGACUGGAGAAUAUCAAUAAUUAUCACGUUUGUGACGGCUACUAUAAUACCGAUUUGCCCGGCUAUGAAGAUAAUAAACAGUUUCUCAAAUCCUGGGUCAUGGGAGCGUUUGCUCUGCUUUGUCUGCUGGGCCUGACGUGGUCCUUCGGCCUCUUCUUCAUCAACGAGGCCUCCAUUGUCAUGGCGUACCUAUUCACCAUAUUCAACGCCUUCCAGGGGAUGUUUAUCUUCAUUUUCCACUGUCUCCUCCAGAAAAAAGUCCGCAAAGAGUACAGCAAGUGCUUCCGCCACACGUACUGCUGUGGAAGGCUGCCAUCUGAGAGCUCGCACGGGUCCACCAAGACGUCGACCACGCGGACGAGCGCGCGCUACUCCUCCGGCACCCAGAGUCGAAUCAGGAGAAUGUGGAAUGACACCGUAAGAAAGCAAUCUGAGUCGUCCUUUAUCUCAGGUGACAUCAACAGCACCUCCACCCUUAACCAAGGAAUGACUGGGAAUUAUCUACUAACAAAUCCUCUUCUUCGACCACAAGGCUCUAACAACCCUUAUAACACCUUACUGGCUGAGACAGUUGUGUGUAACACCCCCACGGCUCCAGUGUUUAACUCUCCAGUGACCUACAGAGAGACAAGGCACUCACUGAACAAUGCGGUGAGGGAUACAAGUGCAAUGGAUACUCUACCGCUAAAUGGUAACUUUAACAACAGCUACUCACUCCGCAGUGCGGACUUUGGCGACAGUGUACAGGUGGUCGACUGCGGACUCAGCUUGGAUGACGCGGCCUUCGAGAAAAUGAUCAUCUCCGAGCUCGUACAUAACAACCUGCGUGCCUGCAACAAAAGCCACCAACAGCAACAACCGCCACCCCCUGGUUUACAUCACCCGCCCCACCAUCCGCACCAACCGUACCACACGCACCACCACAAGGCGGAGCGGGCUCCGCCCAAGGUGACACCAUUAUCUGGCGGUGACGACCAAGACGACGCUAUCGUGGCCGACGCGUCGUCUUUAGUGCAUAUGGCCGACACGAUGGGCCUCGAGCUGGAGGCGCCGCUCAUCCCCCAGCGGACUCACUCGCUUCUGUACGCCCCCGAGAAGAAGGUGAGGACCGAUGGGGGAGUGGAAACCUUUGUGGGCCAGCUGACACCCGACAACCACGAGCAGGAAAAUUUGCAGUCCCCGAACAGAGACUCCUUGUACACCAGUAUGCCCAACCUGAGGGACUCUCCUGAUCCCGAGAGCAGUCCGGAAGUCGUGGAGGACCUGUCCCCGUCCAAGAGGAGCGAGAACGAGGACAUUUACUACAAAAGCAUGCCUAACUUAGGAUCUGGCCACCAGCUGCAGGCUUAUUACCAAAUAGGCCGAGGGACGAGCGACGGUUACAUCAUCCCCAUUGCUAAAGACGGCUGCAUCCCGGAAGGCGAUGUCCGGGAAGGACAGAUGCAACUCGUCACAAGCCUUUAAACGCGUUUAGACGGAUUCCUAAACUUCCUUCUCCUGAGCAUUUGCAGCUGGAUGGACAAGUUAGCAAAGAAGGUAGUGGGCGUGUCUUUCCAAACGAGCCACAUCUGCUUUAUCCCAAACCUCCUCUCUCUUUUCAGCCAUUAAUAAAACUGUACAUAGAAUACAGAGUCACGGUUCCAUUUUUAGAGACAAGCCAAUUAUGUAUUUAAAUGUGCUGCUGCUGCUGUCAAAAAUGUAUGGUACCAUAAUAGAAAUGGAAAAAUAACAAAAAAAAUAACUUCUGAAAAGCAUUUAAAAAGGUUGUACAUACACUUCACCACCAUCCUGUGUUUUUUAAUUUUUUGUUUGUUUUUUUGGGUUUUUUUUUGUAAGUAAAAUGACACACCGACCGGGUCAUGGACGCCUGUACAGACUUCCCAUACCGCUGGUCAUCCGUCAUCUCUCCCCAUGCUGUUUGCAUUGCAUGGCCACUAGCAAUCAAGCCUCUGGCCUUAUAUUUUCUCAAGUGUACAUUGAACUGUAGUCAAGAAGAAUGGCUGAAAAUAUAUAUUUUGUUGUAUUGCUAGUGUAAAAUACAAAUUCUUUUGAAGAAACUGCAAAACUGAACAUGUGAGAGAUAUUGUCUACUCUAGAGGUUAUACGUACAGUACAUAGUGGUUCCAACUGUUGGUUCAUAGUGAGUUUGAAUGUGAAAGGCCUAUGAACAGAAAGAAACACUUUAUUAACCCCCCCCCCCACCACCACCACCACCACCACCACACACACACACACACACUUGUAAACAGUGUUUAUACUGGCUGGGUUUCAUUGGUGUUACCCAUUAAAAUAUGUUUGUUCAUGAUCCCAGACAGGGAGUGGCAGUACAGUGGAACGCUGGUUAGCAUGUUGAAAAUUUACGCCAUCAUUUUACCUCGGUUAGUGUACAAUACUGCUCACUGCUUGUCACGUUGUUAAUACACUCCAUGGGUCCAACAUCCUGUUAGCAUCCUUAGCUUGCCUUAACAAAAUACUCCGACAACACCCGUCUAUGAUGUCAUCAACAGUUGACUCUUGACAAUGUUAACACAAAACAAAUCUUUGCAGUUUUACAAUUGUAGUUUUACAUUUUGGACACAUAGAAAUGACAAAUGAAAGCGAUAAAUUAAUUAACUUUUACCUACAUUGACACUUCCCAAAGACGCAAUCAACACCACCUUCCUGUUUUGCCAUGAGUUAUUUCUGGAAUUCCAUCAGGUUUCUCCGUUCUUUAUCAAAAUGCUAGCACUUGCAACUAUCUGCGGCUCGCUUUUGGGUUAUUGAGGUGAGAAACACACGCUUGAAUUUGAGAAAUAACUCAUGGGAAAACAGGAAGGUGAUGUUGAUCUCACUGUCACAGCAUCAUCGGAUGUCAUCCGUCAUGUAUAUGCAUCGUGAAUUGUUUUCUGCUUGUAAAAUUAUAAAAACAUGUUUUGUAUUAACAUUUUUAGCAUUUCGGAACAGAUUAAUAGAGUGACAUUAUUUCUUGUAGGAAUAAUUGAUUCAGUUCACUCUAACCAAGGUUCCACUGUAUGUUUAUUUCAUUAUGCCUGAGUGGCGUUACUUUAUUCAGAAUGCAAUGGGUUUGACAAUGAAGGUUUUUUUUUUGUUCUUUAAUCAUUACUUCAUCUGCCUGGGUUUGAAAAGUUUAUUUAUUAAAAUAGCUCCAAAAAAAGAAGAAUGGGGAAAUACGUGACUAUUUCCCAGCACUGGUAUACAUACUGUACUGUAGCUCAUGAUUUUGUGUAAACAUGUUACAACGGGCUCUCCACUCUUAAAGACUGAUGUAAAAUUCAACACUUGUUUGACAAAUGCAAAAUAAAUGUGAGAUUUUUUGUCAAAAUGAAUGGUGUUUUUUGCUACUCCAUCAGAUCAGUUGGACUUGAUUUGGAUAAAUUUCACGUUUGACUCAGGUUAUUCGUCCCUCAGCACCUUGAAAGGUAAACCGCUGAAUUGAUUUUUAUUUGACUUGCUUUUUUUUGUCCUGAGCCACUGCACAGUUUGAAAGAGCUAAUUUCACCACAUUUGUUCAAAGAAGCAAAAUCUGUCCAUGUGAUUCAAAGAUGAAAAACUCAGGUAGGAAAAAUGCAUUGUAAA